GGUAUUGCACUAUCCGACAUGGAACCGACGUCCUACAACGCCGAGCGGCAGGGAACAUCCGGCCAAGGGGCGCAAUGGAUUUUCGGGACCGACAAGUUCAGUGAUGAAGAUCAUGCAAGGAUACAAGAGGCCCUCAACACUGCUCUCAGCUGGGAUCAGAUCAACUCCAGACCAGGCGGCGGCGGGAAAAAGGUGCCCUACCUCGCCGGACACACGGUGAUUGAGAACGCCAACAAGGUUUUCGGAUUCGCCGGCUGGGACUCGUCCAUCCUGCACCUCAGCUUGGAUUACGUGAGUGCACAAUUGCUAACUCACCCAAAGGAGUACACUAUUGUGAAGACACUGAGAAAGAGGAGGAGAAACGGCGCGAGAAGGAAGGUCGUCUGCUCGUUGCCAACUCCAGUGUGCGCACGUUCUGUCAGCGUCUCCAUCUUGCAUCGUCCACCUAGUGUGUAG